CGGCUAUAAAAGCUGAUGCGAUGAAGAAGUGCGUCAGUUCGCCUUACAGUCUCAUAGACACAACAACUACCGGCAACAUGAUGGGUCUUCGCACAUUCGUGAAGGUGGCAGCCGUGAUGGCGGUGGCGUGCGUCGUGACGGCUGAUCCCGAACCUGUUCCUGGCGGAGGCUACGGCGGUGGCUUCGGCGGUGGAAGGCCGGGUGGAUUCAGUGGAGGAUUCGGGCGUCCUGGUGGAUUUGGUGGAUCUUCAGGCGGACACAGCGGAUUCGGCGGAGGCUCAUUCGGAGGAGGUUCAUUCGGUGGAGGUUCAUUCGGCGGAGGCUCAUUCGGCGGAGGUUCAUUCGGAGGACGCCCAUCCUUCGGACACCAAUCCUUCGGCCGCCCAUCCUUCGGACACCAAUCCUUCGGCCGCCCAUCCUACGGCCGCCCAUCUUACGGCUAGACAUAUGGCCGUUAGACAACGUAGGACACCGAAGGACCUUCACGCAAACAACACCAGCAAAAUUCGUUUUAAACUUUUGCAGCAAUGUCAACAGAACACAAUACACCUUUGCACACUAUCCUGCGUGUUUUUGCAUGCCUUGGCUCUCGUUGGCACUCCUGACUGUAAUUGUCUAAUCAGGCGACUGGCAAAUAAAUUGACGAAGUUUCGUA